GCAGGAUUGGAUGGUGAGAAAAGGAAAGAUUCCUGUGAGAAGAGAGCAGGAUGAGCCGAGGGAUCUGUGCUUGAAGUUGAGUCACUUGGAAAAGAUCUCUUUGAAUGUGGAAGAGAUCUGAGCAGAUGAAAAUACAACCAGGAAAAUGCAACAUGGCAGCAGCAAUGGAAACAGAACAGCUGGGUGUUGAGGUAUUUGAAACAGCAGAGUGUGAGGACAGUAUUGAAUCACAAGAUCGGCCUAAACUGGAGCCAUUUUAUGUUGAACGAUAUUCCUGGAGUCAGCUUAAAAAACUGCUUGCUGAUACCAGAAAAUACCAUGGCUGCAUGACGGCUAAAGCGCCACAUGAUUUCAUGUUCGUGAAAAGGCGCGACCCAGAUGGGCCCCAUUCGGACAGGAUCUACUACCUGGCCAUGUCUGGUGAGAACAGAGAAAAUACACUGUUUUAUUCUGAAAUUCCCAAAACCAUCAACAGAGCAGCAGUCUUGAUGCUGUCUUGGAAGCCUCUUUUGGAUCUUUUUCAGGCAACACUGGACUAUGGAAUGUAUUCUCGAGAAGAAGAACUAUUAAGAGAAAGGAAACGCAUUGGAACGGUGGGAAUUGCAUCGUAUGACUAUCACCAAGGCAGUGGAACGUUCCUGUUUCAAGCUGGUAGUGGAAUUUAUCAUGUGAAAGAUGGAGGGCCCCAAGGAUUUACGCAACAACCUUUACGACCCAAUUUAGUGGAAACUAGUUGUCCCAACAUACGGAUGGAUCCAAAAUUAUGCCCUGCUGAUCCAGACUGGAUUGCUUUUAUACAUAGCAAUGAUAUUUGGAUAUCCAACAUUGUAACCAGAGAAGAAAGGAGGCUCACUUAUGUGCACAAUGAAUUAGCCAACAUGGAAGAGGAUCCCAGAUCAGCUGGAGUUGCUACGUUUGUUCUUCAAGAAGAAUUUGACAGAUAUUCUGGCUAUUGGUGGUGUCCAAAAGCUGAAACAACUCCCAGUGGUGGUAAAAUUCUUAGAAUUUUAUAUGAAGAAAAUGAUGAAUCCGAGGUGGAAAUUAUUCAUGUUACAUCCCCUAUGUUGGAAACAAGGAGGGCAGAUUCAUUCCGUUAUCCUAAAACAGGCACAGCAAAUCCUAAAGUCACUUUUAAGAUGUCAGAAAUAAUGAUUGAUGUUGAAGGAAGGAUUGUAGAUGUCAUAGAUAAGGAACUAAUUCAACCUUUUGAGAUUCUAUUUGAAGGAGUUGAAUAUAUUGCCAGAGCUGGAUGGACUCCAGAGGGAAAAUAUGCUUGGUCCAUCCUACUAGAUCGCUCACAAACUCGCCUACAGAUAGUGUUGGUCUCGCCUGAAUUAUUUAUCCCCGUAGAAGAUGAUGCCAUGGAAAGGCAGAGACUCAUUGAGUCGGUGCCUGACUCUGUGACACCACUCAUUAUCUAUGAGGAAACAACAGACAUCUGGAUAAAUAUCCAUGACAUCUUUCAUGUUUUUCCCCAAAGUCACGAAGAUGAAAUUGAAUUUAUUUUUGCCUCUGAAUGCAAAACAGGUUUCCGUCAUUUAUACAAAAUCACAUCCAUUUUAAAGGAGAGCAGAUAUAAACGAUCCAGUGGUGGGCUGCCUGCCCCAAGUGAUUUUAAGUGUCCUAUCAAAGAGGAAAUAGCAAUUACCAGUGGUGAAUGGGAGGUUCUUGGCCGGCAUGGAUCUAACAUCCAGGUAGAUGAAGUCAGAAACCUGGUAUAUUUUGAAGGCACUAAAGACUCCCCCUUAGAGCAUCACCUAUACGUGGUCAGUUAUGUAAAUCCUGGAGAGGUGACAAGGCUGACCGAUCGUGGCUAUUCCCAUUCUUGCUGCAUCAGCCAGUAUUGUGACUUCUUUAUAAGUAAGUAUAGUAACCAGAAGAAUCCACACUGUGUGUCCCUCUACAAGCUGUCAAGUCCUGAAGAUGACCCAGCGUGCAAAACAAAGGAAUUUUGGGCCACCAUUUUGGAUUCCGCAGGUCCUCUUCCUGACUAUACCCCUCCUGAAAUUUUCUCUUUUGAAAGUACUACUGGAUUUACAUUAUAUGGGAUGCUGUACAAGCCUCAUAAUCUACAACCUGGAAAGAAAUACCCUACUGUGCUGUUCAUAUAUGGUGGUCCUCAGGUGCAGUUAGUGAAUAAUCGGUUUAAAGGAGUCAAGUAUUUUCGCUUGAAUACCCUAGCCUCUCUGGGUUAUGUGGUUGUGGUGAUAGACAACAGGGGAUCCUGUCACCGAGGGCUUAAAUUUGAAGGCGCCUUUAAAUAUAAAAUGGGUCAAAUAGAAAUUGAUGAUCAGGUGGAAGGACUCCAAUAUCUAGCUUCUCGAUAUGAUUUCAUUGACUUAGAUCGUGUGGGCAUCCAUGGCUGGUCCUAUGGAGGAUACCUCUCCCUCAUGGCAUUAAUGCAGAGGUCAGAUAUCUUCAGGGUUGCUAUUGCUGGGGCCCCAGUCACUCUGUGGAUAUUCUAUGAUACAGGAUACACAGAGCGUUACAUGGGUCACCCUGACCAGAAUGAGCAGGGCUAUUACUUAGGAUCUGUGGCCAUGCAAGCAGAAAAGUUUCCAUCUGAACCAAAUCGUUUACUACUCUUACAUGGGUUCUUGGAUGAGAAUGUCCAUUUUGCACAUACCAGUAUAUUACUGAGUUUUUUAGUGAGGGCUGGGAAACCAUAUGAUUUACAGAUCUAUCCUCAGGAGAGACACAGCAUCAGAGUUCCUGAGUCUGGAGAACAUUAUGAACUGCAUCUUUUGCACUACCUUCAAGAAAACCUUGGAUCACGUAUUGCUGCUCUGAAAGUGAUAUAAUUUUGAUCUGUGUAGAACUCUGGUAUACACUGGCUGUUAACCAAAUGAGAAGGCUUAAUCAGUAGAAGACACAGAAUUGGUCAUCCCAUUUUGAUACCUGCCACAUAACAUCUACUCCUGAAAGUAAAUUUGGUGCCAUGCAGGCAUCUAUAGCUUGUGGAUAGUAAUCUAAUACCUUAUCCAUACAUACACAAAAUUGAAUGAUACCGGUUUCUAAAGGUCCCAGCAAUACUAUGAGAAUUACUGAAAGAAAUGAAACAUUAGCACCUGUAGUUAUGCUACCCUGUUUUCAGUUUUAAUAGCAUUAUAAACCUUAUGGACUUACUUAGUGUAUUUUUACAGUAUACUUCUGAGUUUGUUAAAAUAUGAUUUUAGUGAUUGGUUUGGUUCAAUUCCAGAAUCUCUUGACUAGUUACAGAUCUGAUAGCACUUAAAUGUAAUUGACUAGUUUAUGCUUCAUUGCUUGGGGUGUAUCCAGCAUGUUAUGAACUAAUCACUAUUAAACUUGACUUAACCAAUCAUUAAUGAUUUUUCAAGGAUAACUUAGUGGCCUCCUAAAGACACUUAUUUUGGCUCUGACCAGUUUUUAGCCAAUUUCAACUGUAUCUAGUAUAAAUAAUUAUAAUUUUUAUUUGAUGAUAUGACAGAGUGGGAUUUUCCUUUUACAUAAAGGCAAGUAACUAUAUAUGUAGCAUGGAUUUAAUUAGUCUUAUGAUACUGAUAAUUACAAGCAGAAAAUUUUUUGAUCAAAUUAUUAUAGCUUAAAUAUUUGCAGGCAAGUUUUUUUUUUCCUUUAAGAAAAGGAAAAAGUACAUACUCGUAUUCUUGAGAAAAGUUAGUGUUGCCAGUUUUCAUUUGAUAUUUCCUUAUUAAAAUAUUCCAGAGUUUUAGGGAAGCUGAAGGAAAUCACAGUGGGGAGACUAGGACGUGGGGGAAUGACAGGGAGAAGAGAUGGUGAGAGUCUGCCUAAGAACUAAACAGAAAUAGUUUCAACAGAAAUACCCAUGAAGAAGUUUAAGACAUGAAAUUUAAACAGGUUAUUAAGGAAACCAGAAUUAAGAAAUCGCCCUCUUGCCAGCACAGCUGCAGACUAACAUUAUUCAGGGGAGGAAAUGUUCCUUAGGGUUACUUUUAUAAUUCUAAUUUUUGUGUGUAUGACCUUUUUCCUCUUAAUUUUAGAAACCUUACAAAUUAAACUUCAUCCUUUUAAAUAACUUGGACAUACUUUAGAUAUUGUGAGCCUAAAAUAAAAAGGUUUACAGACAGCCUCUUCCAUAAGCUAAUCCCAGGUAAACCAUGGCUUGCUUUUCUAGUGUUUAAAGCCUGUAAACAGUUUUCUUGAAUGGCCAUGACAUUUCUGUGGUUUAGCCCUAACACUGGACUAUGAGGAGAGCUCAAGGCUUCCAAGUGCUGAUUGGGAUCUGCCCUGUUGGAGUCUUGAGGUGCUAGAUCUGUCACAUUGGCACCAGUGGCAGGGAAGGCAUCUAUGAGUUUGACCCUUUUUAUCACAAGCUUCAUGUUUAAGAAGUUGUUACCAACAAUUUAAUCAACACUUCAAGAAAAGUUGCCCUAUUUGUUUUUCACCACUGCAGAAAGAGUAGAUUUCUCCCAUGGAGAGUACUAGUAGCCUCCACUAGUAAGAUGGUGACUGCAUUGGGGUGGACAUCACUGAGGACCAGGUGGGAGGUGGGGAGCCCAGAAAUGACAGGAGAACCGGUUAGUUCUGUCCUUUGGGAAGGGAUUGAUUUUGCUGUCUGUAUUUAUACUGUAUAAUAGAUACCACACUUUUUCCUUAUUGUCUGUGUAUGUAUUGAUUUUCAUGUUUAUGAUAUUUUCCCAUGCCAAGAUUUGUUUAUAUUUUUUCAAUGUUAAAUUAAAUUGAUUUGGGUAACUUUUCUUCCCCAAGAAAGUAUUUUUCCCCUUGACUUAAGUAUAUAUCUGACUAUUGAGGGUAUUUGUUUUGUUUGGGAGGGGGAUACUAAUUGGCCUCAAAGGAUCUAUCCUUAUAUUAUGUGCAAAGUAGAAAUGGUAUACAGUAGCUUUUAGACAGCUACUCAUUUAAACCCUUACCCAUUAAGACUGUUUCAUCAAAAUGGCAUCUCUUAUUUUGCCAAAACAAACUCAGAAAGCUUCGUGAACUCUUGAUUUCACAGGUGUUUUCCUUUUCUCCUAUCACAAAUGAUGCUUCUGUUGCCACCCAGUCACUUGAAUGCCAUUCCACAGAAAGAUGGCCCAACUGAACUGGCUUUUCACAACCAGUGUGGAAGACAUCAUAGUCAAUUGGAGCAAUCAGUAGAAAUCUCACUAAAACUGUUCAUACCCUAACUAUGGGUAACAACUUAAAAGGCAGAAAUAUGUAAAAGUAGCAACACUUUGGUGAGAGCCCAAAUGCACUAGGUUAAGCAUCACAGUGGGUUUCUGCAGGCUUGGUAAAUGGGUACUUUUGAACAGCCAUCAAGAGGUGUAAUUACUUGAGCAUUAUAGAGCAGUGGGACUCAAAAUUGAAGAUUUGUCUGGGCUGCUUACUUAAAGAAAUGCAGAGACUUGAAUCUUCCUCUGAGAAAUUUGGAUCCCAUUAAUUUGGGUAGAGGCUAGGAAUGUGCAUUUCUAACAAGCUUUCCAGGUAAUUCGAAAGCAAGUCGUCCAUGGACUACUUUAAGAAACUCUCCUAUAGAGAUUGGAGUUGGAUUAAGAAAAUAACAGAUGCUUUUUACACUGGACUAAGUCACAAGAAAGCUGUUCACCUGUGAUAACUGGCCCCUUCUUACUCUGAAAACCGCAGGAGAUAGUGUUUACUUUAUACCUAUACCCUUUGUCUGGAGGUUCAUUUUGGAAUGAAGGUUUUUUGCUCCAUGCCGUUCCUGGCUCUUUUCCAAAGCCUCACAGAAAAGGGCAAAGUCACAAUGCAUGCAUUACCUUUUAAAAGAAUGAGAUAUAGAUAUGGAUACUUACUUUUUUUUUUUUACUACUUGUUUUAUUCCUUACAGAAAGUGUAUCCCACCCCUCUGUGACAGCAUUCUCUUUAGGUAGAAUGAUUCCUGUAAGAUCUCAUUAUUCUAGAAUCAUGCAUUUUGCAAGCUGGAAUAAAUCUUUAAUCUAAUCUAAUCUAAUGUUCUCAUUUGUUAGAACAACCUACACACUAGAAAGAGGAGGAAAUAUACCCAUGACCACACAGCCAGUUAGUACUUAGUUGGUACUAGACUCCAUCCAGAUGUCCUGACUCGUGGCACUUAAAUGACAUAUAGAAAAGGUAAAAUUUUAAAGUAUUUAUUAAUAUAUUCCUAUGAAGCAUUUUAAAGAUAACUUCACAAAAUGGUUAAUUUUUCCAUUCUAAAGUAAGUACUAAGCAUGCUUAUUAAUUAAGCAGUACUUAUAAUUAGUAUAUACCAUCCUAAGUAUAUGAGAAUUGUUGUACCCAACGUGUCUUCCUUGGUGUAGUGGAGAUUUGAGGGUUGGGAUACAAAGCAAAGUGAUUGUGUCUAUGUGAUGCUAGAAAAGACACAUGGCCAUAUGUAAACUAAGACACGGAAGGUGAGUGUCUGUUCCUUGCAGAUAGAAAGGAGCAAGAAAACUCUCGACUCCCACCUUUCCAGCCCUGCCAGCCUCAGCUGUCCAUCUUCUAGCCCAGAGUGUGGAGAUGCGUAAGUGCAAUGGUGCUGGGCUUUAGGUCAUCAUUGUAUAAGCCCUUCACAGAGAAAGAAAAGUAGUGUGUUUGUUUUCAAAUAAUCCAAAUACAAAUUUAUGUUGUAUUCAGCAAAAUUGGAGUUCAGGUCUUUACUUUUAGAACAUAAAGUGCCUGCUGUUUUAAGCAUUGACUUGUAUAAAGAGUUGCAUGUCUCACUCCAAUGAGCUUAUGGGUAUUUUCAUUUUCAGCUACAUGGCUUUUAAUCAUGUAAAGUGAAACAUGAGUUUUGUUGCAUUUUAUUAUAGUUUUUUGUUGCAAUAAAGAUGCUGCUGAAAUUAA